CAGUAGGUAACAAAUAAAGUUUAUUUUAUUUCGCUGGUAAAAUGAGAUCUGUAUGGUUGUGGAUAUGGUGUGGUGUAAUGACGAGCCUAUGGUGGCCAGCUGAUGCUGUGGUGGGUGGUAAUCCUGCUUCUCCGCCAGAGCCUGAUGCAGCUGUGGUUUUCGUGCAGAAAUAUGGACGAAGCUCUCGAAUAGAAGGAAUCAAGGAUCCGAAGCUCGGUUACUACACAUUUUUUGGGAUAAGAUAUGCGGAACCGCCAGUGGGUCCUCGGAGAUUUCAAAGGCCGGUGCGACGGAUCCUGGCCGGAGAACUAACUGCAUCCAAACCUUGUUCCGCUUGUCCUCAGCCAAGGUUAAUGAACAUUUUCGGAAAUGAAGACUGCCUCUGCCUAAAUGUCUUCAGUCCGAAAAUGCCAGGAGACGAAAAAGGUUCUCCUGUCGUUUUCUUCAUACACGGAGGCAAUUAUAGAACUGGUUCGGCGCACCCUUAUGGGGGUAAGCAUUUGGUUCAAGCAGACACGAUAGUAGUGGUGGCUCAAUAUCGCCUUGGGUCUCUUGGUUUCAUUACAAACGGUCGUAAGGAUGCUUCGGGUAAUGCGGGUAUGUUCGACUUGCAUGCCGCUAUGUCUUGGGUUAAAGACUACAUUCAGUUCUUUGGAGGAGACCCAACUAAAGUUAUUAUAAUGGGACAAGGUUCUGGAGCUAGUGCUGCGUCCAUGCUAUCCCUGUCUCCUGAAGAUCGGAGUUCUAAAGGUGUGGCUGCAUUAUCAGGAGCUCCAUUAUCACCAGGUGCUGUACGAACUAGCCCAGAGAAACAUGCUGAAGAUUUAGCAGCUCGGACAAAUUGCCCGUCAAAACCAGUAGAACGUCUUGCACUUUGUCUAAGGGCGCUUCCUGUUGAGAAGAUCAUAAAGGCGGACCAAGAUUCGAAUGUAGAUUUUACAACACAAAACUUUUUGGAUGAAGUGGCAGGACGUAGUGGUACUGGUGCGCGUGUGGAAGGUGCGGACGAUUAUCGUGCCUUACCUAUAUUAGUUGAAGAAAUGCCAGCAAAUUCGCUUAAAAAGAAAAGGCAGCAUGCUCCUUUGCUUACGGGUGUUACUUCCGCGGAAACCUCACGAGCUGUAUUCGGUAAAUACUCGAAUUUCUUGAAGAAACAAUUGGAAGAAGUUUCUGACUUUAUUAAGAAAGACAUAAUUGGAGGUUUGCAAACCGUUGUUACGGAUGUUGAAGGUCUCAUACUGUCUUCGUUAAAAUUGGAUCAAGUGCAAAAAGUGUUUCCAUUGGGAGAUUUUUAUCAAUCGUAUAGUGCGAUAAGAAAUCAGUCAGUACAGAACACAAUUUCUUCAAUUGACGGACUUACGAAAAUCGUCGAAGCAACAGGAGAUGCCUUGUUCAAUUUCCCUGCAUAUCAAAGCGUUAAAGAGUGGGCCACUGGGGCCCCGUCUUACCUCUACAGCUUUGAAUUUGUGGGCAAUCUUACAAAAGGAUCGCAUUUCUUACCUGGAGUGAUACUAGCUGAAAACAAUGAAGAAAACGAAGAUGCAAAAAAAAGUAACAUUAAAGGGCCAGCGCAUGGAGAUGAAUUAGCUUAUUUAUUCGAUCCUCUAGAUGAAGAUGGAAAUUCUAUAGAAAAAGAUGAGAUUUCAUCUACAGAUGCGCAUGUCCGUAAAUCUUUUGUAGGCAUGAUAGCCAAAUUCGCUCAUAGCCUACACCCUCUUGGAACAAAAAAGGAGUCAAAGUUUCCCGACCUAUUACCAUUUUCCAAGGAUAAUGAUCAAUAUAUAAAAAUCGAUAGUGAUAUUUCUCUGGGACAAAAUUUCAGAUACUGCCAAAUGGGUUUGUGGGGCAAUAUGGCCGAAAGGACCUCGGGAGAAUUCUGCAAGAAGCUGUUCGAUGGUUUAUUGAAAUUGCCAACUACUCUUCUCAAACCAGUGACGGGUAACGGCGUGGUGCCCAACUUGCUUAAUAAUCCUAUUGACAAUCAGGCACCAUUAGUGUCUUUGGUUCCACGUCAACCACGACCACCAAAAAAUAAUAACACUCCAACCGUUUUGAACAUACCUUUCAGAGGCCUACAGUGAAAUGGAUGAUAUAAUAUAGGGACCGUAAAAAAUUCAUGAAAUUGGACAACUUAUUCCAAAGAAUUCGAAGUGAAAAAAAUGUUUGAAAGUAUAAUAUUUGAUCGAUCGCGUAGUUUCUUUAAAGAAUACAUUUCCUUUUCAAUCCAUCUUAUAACAAUUGUUCAGUUUUUAUAAAUGCUGUAGCUGGAAUUGAAAUUGCUUAUUACAUUUUUCUGUUAAAACUUAGUAUUGGCAAUAAUUAAAAUUUUCGCUACAGCUUACCUAUAUCUAAUAAAGAAAGUUUACACGA